CCCGUAGUGUCACACAAGAGUCAGGUGUGGGAAAAACAGUCUGUGAAGUGAAAAAUAAGCUUAAACGCCAUUUGUGAAUGAUACAUGCCAUUUUCUGUAUACAGAUAUGUAGGAGCUACGUUUUUCUCUCAGGAUAAUUUCGGAAUUUCGUGUGAAAUUAUUCUAAAUAUGUGAAAACACCGGGACAUGGCACGUGUAUUUUGGAACGUAGCAAUAUUUACCUUUCAGUGAAUCACGUUGUUGAGAGUUUUUCCCCUUUGCGAAAUGGUGAAGGAUCAAGAUAUAAUUCAAGCUGUUAAGGAUAGAAAUGUCCCAGUUUUACAGAAACUGUUGGUCAAAACAAUCAAAUCUAAUAAAAAGUUGAUUGGGAGCAGCAAAAGAAUCAACAUCAAUUAUCAGGAUGGUGAUGGAAUGUCGGCCUUGCAUCAGGCCUCCUUGAUGGGUAACCUGGAGAUGAUGCAAAUGUUGCUGGAGUGUCAUGCAGACGUCAGUAUCCACGACAACAAAGGUAUGCUGGCGCUGCACUACGCGGCCUGGCAGGGGAUGUCAGAUCCUGUUCACACCCUCCUCCAGUGGAAAUCCCCGGUCAACGAAGUCUCGCAGGAUGGGAACACCCCCCUUCACCUGGCCUGCCAGCACGGACAUUUUGAUGUGGUGAAUCUUCUGCUGCUUCACAACUCAUCGCCCACCGUCCAGAACAAGGACAGGAAAACUCCUCUGGACCUGGCCUGUGAAUUCGGAAGAUACAGGGUUGUCGACUUGUUGUUAAGGAGUAAUAUGUGUGCCCCCUUGUUGAUGGACAGUCCAGAGGACACGGUGGACGAACACAGUACAACACCGCUACAUCUGGCCGCGAAAAACGGCCACAUAGAAAUUAUAAGACUUUUGCUGCAAGCUGGCGUCAACAUCAACAGAAGUACACUGAAAGGGACAUCACUCCACCAAGCCGCCCUGUGUGGCAAAAUAGAAGUCGUGCGACUUUUAUUGGAUUGUGGGAUUGAUGUCAACAAGGCUAAUUCUUAUGAGCAGACAGCGUUAGAUAUUGUCAACUCAUAUACUACCUCAAGGGCAGCCAAAGAUCUCAAGCACCUGCUAAAAGAAGCCAGUUUCGCGGUACAGGCCAGAGCCAUCAAAAACUAUUGUAACAUUUACGACCCGAGUACUCUCGCAUUCAAAGAAGGUGACAUCAUCAAGGUGCUAGAGCAGAGAGAUGAUGCGUGGAAGGGCGUGGUGAUCAGUGAUGGGCGUAUGGCCAAGCCUGGAUACUUCCCCCCAGAUACAGUAGUUCUCCUGGACAGUUCCGCACAUUACUCUAACCACAUUAUCCAGGGAAAACGGGUGCACAUGCCCAAUGUACCUGAUUUGUUGAAUCGAAGCCCAGGAUACCAGCAGCCCAGUGUAGGAAGCCCAUUUACUCUGGCAGCCCACCCACCCUCCAGUCCCGGCUAUCUCAGCAGCCCGGGCUGUUACCAGUCUCAAUCCAGUCUGGCAAUGGAGCAUUUUCCCCCGCCACCAGCCAUGUUCUCUCCCAACUCACCGUAUAAAAAAGAUUGGGACAGCGGUAACUCCUUUACGUUUUCAUCGCCUAACACUUACAGAUUGUACAACACAUCAACUGAGAACUUGAAUGGCCGGAUUGUGAACCAUAAUGGUGAACAAGUUGGCGAGUGGUCAUCACUUCCUGCCUUCGCUAGUGACAUAAGAAAUGCAGGACAUGGGAAAGGAAGUCCGACUAAUAGUAAUCGUAACAGUGGAGCUAGCAGUGACAGUGGACGAGGAUACAGUACGGGAAAUCUAGAUCACGCAAACGCCAAUAUUAAGCCUCCACACAACUAUGCUAAUGUCCAAAUAAACAACAACCACCGACUGUCCAGUCAGAGUUACGAGUCCGGCGUGUCCUCGAGACAGAGUUACCACAGCACAUCGAGUUCCAGCGUGGGCAGUCUUGACCGAUUGGAGGAAUCUGGACAGAUGAGCACUAUUAAUGUGGCGGAAUUGUUUCGGGCAGGAAUGCCUGACAAUGAGGUGAUGCGGGUCUGGCUGAGGGACCUCCGGUUUGAGGAGUACUGUAUUCUGUUUGUACAAGCAGGCUAUGAUAUGGCGACCAUUUCCCACAUGACACCUCAGGAUUUGUCUGCAAUUGGCAUCACCAAACCUGGCCACAGAAAGCGACUAAAGGCAGAAAUAGCCCGGCUGAAUAUUCAUGAUGGCAUCCCGGAUUUCAAACCAGUGGAUAUGAUGGAAUGGCUCCACAUCCUGGGUUUGGAGCAGUAUUACAAUACAUUGUCACACCAGGGUUACGAUGACCUUGACAAGGUCACAGAUAUUACCUGGGAGGAUCUGGAAGAAAUCGGCAUCCAGAAACUAGGUCAUCAGAAGAAAAUCACUCUGGCCAUAGAACGCUUGAAGAGAAUUAAUUCCAAUAGUAAACGCUUAUCUGCAAUGGACAAGAGUGGACAUAGUGAGAUCAUUGACCCUCCUCCACCCCUUGGCCAUGCCCGAUGGUCAGGGGAUGAUUACAUCCAUGAGAUUCCAUCCUCACCAUUCAAAACAAAGAAAUCUCUGUCAGGGGACAAUUUAAACAGUGACCGUCUCUCUCAAAAGAGUGACAGGUAUUCACAACACAGUGAUAACAGCUUGGAAUUCAUGUCUCAUAGUCCCAACACUAGUUUCCAGCCGGACGUAGUCGCCAUACAGGUCAAAAGGCACGCCUCCCAGUCUGAGUCCCCCAAUGACACUUCUGGUGCACGGAUUUCCUCAUUUCAAGCACCCCCUUCUUCACGGGAGGAUCGAGAUAGCACCCCCACAGCAGAGGAGGAGGUUGCACAGCCUGUUCCCAUUGUUGCUCCAUCUGUGCCGAAAGCUGUGAUUAAACCAAAGCCAGUUGCCAAGAUCAUUGCCAAAACAAAGCGGAGCAGCAAAGAAACAUCACCUGAGAUUAUAGAUAUCGAGAAAUAUGAAAAAAAUCAGGAGUUUGGGAAAAGUCCUGGGAAAUCCUUUCUCCUGAAUACAGUGAUGUUACAGAAAACAGGGCAGUCUGAUCACAUAUAUGAUCAGCCAAGAAUGCAGAAUUCGCCCAAAUCUCCAAAGUCGCCCACUCAUCCUCCAGUGUCUCACCCCUUCCCCGUCACCACAAUGGCACCUGUUUUUGUUUCAGUCUCAAAUCAGAACGGUUUUCAACAGUCACAGAGUUCACCUACUGGUCGGAAAGUUCCUCCUCCUCCUCCUCCCAAACGCACCAAUUCAAUUUCCAACAGACAGGAUCUGAACUCAUCCCGGUAUGCUGGGAGUAUACCUAAGUCUGCUUUACAAAAUAUUGAUCAAAACACCCAGAGAACCACAGCCAUGACACAGGGCAAUCCACCACAGUCGACUCCCAGGAGAGGGUCGCUUGGUAAUGACGUGAAUGACCAGAAACAACUUGCUUUUGCAACCUGUGUUCAAAGUCUGUCUGCCAAGUUUGGCAGUAAACGGAUGGAAACAAGUUCGGAGGACGUGAACAGUUCCGAUGGGGAAGAUUUCCCCCCUCCCCCACCUCCAAUAGCUAUGGACAUAAUCACUCCCAAAAUUCAUAAUUAUGGAAUUCCCAGUAAGGACGAAAAAACUCCAGCUGAAUUAAGAGGAAUGGGAAAAUUAGGGCAACCCACCACACCUAAUGGAAAUUCUUCCACAAAUCACACAGCAGACAAGCCAAGCUCCUACAAGUAUAAAGCCCCUGUUUUACUACCGGUUAAGGAGAACACACCCCCUCCCAAAGUCUCCAUGGUGCCAAACUUUACCCAGAAUCCCCCAGUUCUUAAUCAUGUGACUACCACUGCCCAAUCAAAAGACCCUGUUCAGAACUCUCCUAGGGUGCAACACCUUUCUCAUGAACUCAGAAGGAAAGACUCCACCUCUAGUUCAGAUUCAGUAGUGUCAGCUUCUAGUGUGGAUUCAAAUACCUUGCCAUUUGCUAAUGAGAAUGUGGGAACAAUAAAACAGCGUGCACCCACAACCAAACCCUCCAUAGUGCCAAUUAAUGAGAGUGUUGACUCCACCCCUCAGGCUCAGGGAUUUCCUGACCAUCAACGAGUCUUAUUACCCAGCGUGCCACCGAAAACUAGUGUACAAGCACACCUGAAAGCACGAAACAAAGGACCAAGACCGUCGGUACCCGUGAAACCUGGUGCCUCACCUCCCGUAGCAGCCAAACCACAAAGAGGUAAGAAAGGCAAAGACACGGAUGUUCUAAAUGACAUUGACAACAUGUUACAAGGUUUAACAGAGGAGCUAGAUGCCAUGUUGGAGGACGAGUUGGUCAUGGAUGAGUGAUUUCAUUCAAUGUACAAAGUGGUUAGGAAACAAAAUCUAUUAACGAUGUAAUCAUGAUUAUUUAUUAACUAUAUUUCAAAAACAAAUUCUUCAAAUGACAAGUGCAAAUACAGUGCAGUAUGUCUUCAUAUACAUCAUGUACCAUUCAUCACUACCAGAGUGUUUUCUUGCAUUUCAUUGGAUGUAGCUAGGUUUUUUAUUUAGCCAAUCACAAAGCGUCAUCGGAGGAGGUGUGAAUUUCAUUCAAGAUUUCGAUGUUAAACUGGUUUAUUUAUUUUGGUGUUAUUCAUAAGGAGAUGUUUUUUUAUGCAGAGUGAAAAGUCAUUACUUAUAGAGCGAAAUACCCCCGUGCUUUUGAGAGUGCUUUGAACCGAUAUUUUAAUUUGAGAAGCGUUCAUAUGACAUGUACUGUUUUGUUAAUUGUUAUCCUAGUCAGUUUCGUCAUUGAGUGAACAUGUUCUUUAUAUGCUUGUGAUGACUACAUGCAUACUGUACGAUGGAGAAGAUCUUGACUUUUUAUAGCGUUGAUGUCUUUGCAUCAAUUUGCCCUGUAAUGUUAUUAUGGCUCCAUUUUUGUAUUCCAGUAUAUAGAAAUCUUGUCUAUAGAUUAGAAUGUUUGUUUUUUGAUAUAAUGAAUGGAAAAUGUGUGUGUUAUCUGUAUCUCUCCCUCACUGUAUAAAUGAAAUAUGCUGUAUGUGGACUUGUUUUAAAGGAAUUAAUAUUUUGGCGCUAAAGCAAGAGUGCGAGUAUACGAAGUUCUCUUUUUUUGUCAUUACCACACUCUGACAAAAAUGUAAAACUAUCAUCAACUCGUAUUCCAGUAAAUUUUGAAUGCGCUUAAAAUUUGUACCCAAACAUACAGUACAUCUGAACAGUGUGAUAUACCUCUGACAAUGACCUAUGCAUUAAUUUAUAGUUAUCAAUGGCACACAAUAUAUUUUGUAGAAACAUGAAUUUCAAUGAGGCAUCAGUUUAUGUGCUUACAGUUCUAGUUGAAAUGCCAAUACAGUAAAACAUGUUUAUAAUGGAUCACAGUUAUAGCGAAUUCACUGAUGUAAUGACAAAGUAACUAUUUAUGAUAAACACGGGUAUAACGAAUUCACUGAUGUAACGAUAAAGUAACACAUUUACAGUAAAACAUGUUUAUAAUGGAUCACAGUUAUAACGAAUUCACUGAUUUAAUGACAAAAUAACACAUUUACAAUGAACCAAAUUCACCACAAUUGUAAUGAUGUAAAUAUUCCCCCUAAGAUUCUAAAUAGAUGUAGUGAAUUUUUAACAAGACAAUUCAAUGUAGACUCAUGAAUUUGUUACAACCAUGUUUUACUAUCUUUUACUUGGACAUAGACCAGUUAAAAAGGAAAGUAAAAAUGUCAUGAUCUCAGUUUCAUUUCAGUUUGAUGUGAGUUUGUUUAAAUGUGUGUACUGUUGCAGUUAAAAAGUAUGGUUGUGAAACUCGAUGGCAUAAUAAUGUUUUAAUGAUCUUCACUGCAUUAGGCAUAUUGGACUUAUUUAGUACUUAAUGUUUGAAGUAUUGUGUCUGAAUGAAAGAAUUUAGCUGUGAUGAUUUAGAACUCCUCCUAUAAGUGAUGUUACAAUUCUAAUAUUGCACCCUUUUGUUAAUAAACCAAAAAUAUUUUGUGUCCCUUGAAAUCUAAUCAAUAAGGUACCAUUUAUGAUUUGUAUUAUUAUGAAAGUAAUAUGAAUAUUGGUGUAAGCAUUGCUUAGUUAAUAUUUAUUUAGGUUAAUAUCAAAGAACACAUCAUUUCUGUUUACACAGAAUAUGAACAAAUAUCCAUAUUAAACUAAUAUGGCCACAUGAUAUUUAUUGAAAGCGAACUCCAGUGGUUUUACUUUCUAUUCAUAAAAUGCUUUUUUUUUCCUCUCCAAUCUAAAACUGCAUCUAUGGUUCUUUUUCCAUUCUUUGUUAUAGAAUUUUCUUAUUUAUUUAGAUUUUCAGUUUGCAUUACACAUUUACAAUUCUGCUGUCAAUAUAGAAAGUGCCUGAUAAUAUGUCAUCGAUUUAAAUGGAGAUAAUCAAGGAAUUUUGUAAUGGGAGAUAAAUGUUACACAUAUAAUUUGUCAAUAUAUUGUGAAACUAUUAGGGGCAUUGGGAGUUUGUUACUUGGUGUUUUGUUACUGUUAUCGACUGAACGUACAGCUGUGUUUAGGGGUACAGCUCAUUCAAUGAUGUAUACAAUAAAAUAAAUGUCUCAGAAUUC